AUGCGUCUUGUUGUGGUGUGGGCCACACUGCUGCUUUUAGCUGCCGUAAGCUGUAUAAGUGCGUUCAAUGCGUCUGCUGUCUCAAAGGACUAUGACAAUGAUCGCAUUAUACGCGUUAUUGAUAUGAGCACCAGCGUAAUCAAGGAGGAAGUUGGCAUCAGGGCAAAUUAUCUCGGCUCAGAGCCCACACGAACCUAUCAUUUCGUGUUGCCUGCUGUGCUCCAUGACAAUGUUGCGUCCAUGGAAGCAUUUCUCAAGCACAAAUCAAAGGAUGCAUUGGCCAUGGCGUUUGCUGGGUUUGAUCAGGAACAACAACUUUACGUUUACGAGAUUCAACUACACGAGCCUCUUGAAUACAACAACCAGGUGAAACUAGGCGUCAAGCUUACGUACACCCAUCAGAUUUAUCCUCUGCCCGCAAGAAUACCGCAAGUAUCCAAGCAGCAUGUCAUCUAUGCCAAUAAUAUCUUUAUGUUAUCACCAUACCAUACCAGCGAUAUCAAGACCACAUUCACCUUUCCUACAGCAAAUAUCGUGUCAUUCAAAGGCGGUGAGCCCCACCAUCAAGGACAACAAACACAAAACAGCAUUGUGUAUGGCCCAUUCAGCGACAUUCCGCCUUUGCAUGCCAGUGCUUGUAGCUUUCACUAUGAAUACAAGAGCCCCAUUGUCACGAUCACUGAUUUGAAACGACAUGUGCAAGUAUCUCAUUGGGGAGGAAAGAUAUCCGUGGAGGAAACUUACGCUGCUCGACAUGAUGGUGCAGAAUUGGACAAGAAAUUCAGUCGACUACAAUAUCAAUUGACUUCUCAUGUUCUGGAUCAAACUAAUGUCCUCACAAGCUUGGUUUUUGAUUUGCCCACUUCUGCAGAAGGUGUUUACUUUCGUGAUGAAGUUGGUAAUGUAUCUACAUCACAUUUCAGACGAGAAAAGACAAAGUCAGUGCUAGAAAUCAUUCCGCGAUUCCCUCUGUUUGGAGGUUGGGGCACUACGUUUUACUUUGGUUAUGACGCAGCUUUGAAGGAUUUUGUACACCUUGUCAAGGGGAAAUACAUGCUCAAACUCGAUUUUGUGAACAAUGUCAGGGAUAUGACAGCGGAUCAAGUGGAGCUCAUGGUGGUCUUGCCUGAAGGAGCGAGCCGUAUUGAAGUGACCCCACCAUCCACAUUUGAUAUGGACAAGAUUGAGCAAGCCAAGUAUUACACUUAUUUUGACUCAACGGGUCGCCCUGCUGUCGUAUUCCACAAGGAGAAUGUCAUUUCAGAGCACGAGCGUCCUAUCUUGAUCUCUUACGAGUAUUCAACCGCCAGAUUACUACAAAAACCUGCGAUUGCAUCCCUCGGCUUCUUUUUGGUAUCCUUGAUCAGCAUUCUCGUUUCCAAAGUUCCCUGGAAGAUUGGUUAUGAACAGGAGAAGAUUACUACCACCCAAUUACACAAGCAUGAACCUAGUGUCAUCAUCAAGAAAACCGCUACCGCUCAUGUUGCUACCAGAAAGAGAAGUGCUACACCUGCAUCUCGCGAAUCAAGUCCAUUUCCUGUAUUUGUGGAUGAGAAUGCCAUUGCUGCCAAUACGAGAGCACGAAAAUCACAUGCUGAGCCUGUUUUACUUGAGGAUACCAUGCCUAAAAAGUUGACGUCAGCAGCAAGAAGCAAGAAGAGAAAAUCUAGCAAAAAAGCUGGAAAUUAG